AUGGCUCCCAAACCCCCACAACCACAAUCGUCAAUCAGCCAGACUUACCUCCUAUUGUACAAUGCCAUCUGCGCCGGCCUAUGGCUAUCCAUCCUGAUCACCACGGUGUCAACUUGGAUGCAGUCCCGCGACAUCACAGCUAUAUACCAAUCCGCCGAAUCCUUGACGAGAUAUACCCAAACACUUGCCGUCGUUGAGAUUCUACACGCCGCUCUCCAAAUUACUCGCUCGCCUGUCUUCACUACCUUCACUCAGGUCUUUGCUCGCUCCGUGCAGGUGUGGGCUAUCAACUAUGCCUUCCCUGCUGAGACUGCUCCGUCCGUGGCAUAUCCAGCUAUGCUCCUGGCUUGGUCCUCGGCAGACACAAUCCGUUAUUCGUAUUUCGCGAUUAUGCAAGCUGGAUACCCAGUGCCUUCGUUGUUGAAAUGGGCUAGAUAUUCGCUAUUUUUGAUUUUGUAUCCCAUUGGAAUCAGCAGUGAAUGGUGGUUGAUGUACAAAGCGACUACAGCUGCCACUAAUUGGGCCGUGUUGAGCAUUUUUUACUUCUUCUUGGGGCUUUACGUACCCGGGUCGGUGAUGAUGUACUCCUAUAUGCUUAAGCAAAGACGCAAGGUUUUGGCUAAGCAAUAG